GGCCGACCAGCAGACUGCGAGGGAGCACUGCAGUACAUGCGACCAUACAACCGCUUCACAGCCAACCCUGUGCUCGGGUUUUUUUUUUUUGCUCUCCACCGCAAGCGACGACACGGAGGGAAAAAACAGUCGUGUCUGUUUUGAAGUGAAGUGCCCGGAGAAGACUACAACCUGCCCCGGACAGUCAAACUUUCCGUCACAACCCAGGGAAUCAUUGGAACUGCCUGGCAAGCCUAAACGCACGCUUCCACCACCCACUGAAUUAGACUUCAUUGGAGAAUUCCUUGGCAUUCAUCAGAUUUGGUGUUGACUCAUUCUACAAGAACUCGGAGGUGCAGUGUUUGGCUUUUGUGGACUGCAGAGGAUCAGAAAAUAACACAUCUUUGCCCUUGACUACUCAGAGAUCUACUGUACGGUGUUUCCAAACUCAGACAACACAGCAGAGCCAAAGGUGCAGUGGGGGCAAGGCUGCUCUCAGGUCAGAGCAAACCCGUCACCAUGGAUGUGGAUGAGGAGGAGAAUAUGACUCCUCUCCCUGCACUUCUCCCUUGCACUCCCUCAACCCGACCUACAAUCCCACUCAUGCACACUGCGGCCUCUCUUUCUCCUGAGUACCGCAAGGAGUAACCUAUCAAGCCUUUGCUGAAGGAUGUUAUAAAUGAAAAUUUUUGCCAAUAUUCCAUCCACUUUGCUAACUGGAUUCAGUGAUAUGUGUUCCCCAGUACGGUGUAUUUCAGAGCCUGCAGUUAAAAACUGAACACUUAAAAUGUACCCAAUUUCUGUGUAGGCACUCAAGCCAUUUAAAAUUGAUAGAGUGGAUGAGAAGCAGCUCUCUGUGUGUGUGUGUCUCUGUUUAGUUAUGAAAUAUGUGCUUGUAUUUGUGUGCAUUUUUGUUGUAGAAUCAUAACACUUUGCAACCUGAAAAGUUUAAUAUUCUUCUCCCACUUUACCCUAACCUUUAAAAUAACAAACUGUCAUAAGUUCAACUUUAGAUAUGAAGUUAAUUAAUAUCCAUUGAACUAAUGAAAUUCCAUAUAACAAAGUAAAUUCUGAAAUUUUCUACAUGAUUUUACUUAUUGGCCAAGGUUCACCUCUAAGAAAUCUGCAUGCCACUUAGAGAAGUACAUAUACUGUUGGUGUUCUUCAGUUGUAGUGAUAUCGAUAGACUAAAGCCUAAUAUGUUCAAUUAAAAUAAAUGUCAGCUUCACUUGAUUCUAUGAUGGAACACAAAUCAUUGGUUCAGUUCCAAAGAGUGAUAAAGGAAUCUAUAAAUUUUGCAUUUACAAGAUCCUGCAACGAAGGCGUUGUAAGUUACUCUUUCUGGGCACCGCAGGUUCGAGCAGCACCGAUGUUAAGGAAAACCGCAACCUGGACAACGUGUCCUGCAAAGACGGGAUGGGAGUGGCUGAGCAGCUCCCAAAUGGCAGCGGCCUGGGCAGUCGAAAGCGGCCCCUAGAAGAGGGGAACAAUGGACAUACACACUCAAAGUUUCGUGCCAAAAAGCGCAAGAAAACACCGGGGCCAGUCCUGCCCAAAAACGCUCUGAUGCAGUUGAAUGAAAUCAAACCUGGUCUACAGUACAAACUGCUGUCUCAGACAGGACCAGUCCAUGCACCAGUGUUUGUCAUGACUGUUGAGGUCAAUGGACAGAUGUUUGAGGGCAUGGGCCCAACUAAGAAGAAAGCUAAACUGAAUGCAGCUGAGAAAGCGCUGCGUUCCUUUGUCCAGUUCCCCAAUGCAUCUGAGGCACACCUGGCCAUGGGUCGAACACUGACAGUGAACACAGACUUUACUUCUGACCAGGCUGACUUCCCAGACAUGCUCUUCAAUGGCUUUGAGACACCAGCCGCACCUGAAGAAUCCUUCUAUGUAGGCUCCAAUGGUAGCAGCUCCUUAAACUCAAUAGGGGAGUACCCACUGCCCACGCCACCUGGCAGCAACCUUGUUCAGGCCCCCUUGCCCCCUCCAUCAGCAUUCAGCUCACCUUCCAGUGGCAAAAACCCAGUCAUGAUCCUCAAUGAGCUCAGGCCAGGCCUCAAAUAUGACUUUGUGUCAGAGAGUGGGGAGAGUCACGCCAAGAAUUUUGUGAUGUCAGUAACAGUGGAUUCACAGACGUUUGAAGGUUCAGGGCGCAACAAGAAGCUGGCUAAAGCCCGGGCAGCGCAGGCAGCCCUCUCAGCUCUCUUCAACAUGCAGCUAGACCAGACACCAUCCCGACAACCCAUUCCAAGAGAGGGAUUACAGCUUCAUCUACCCCAGGUUCUGGCUGACGCCGUCUCUCGUCUGGUGGUGGAUAAGUUCAGUGAGCUGACAGACAACUUCACCUCCCCCCAUGCUCGUCGGAAAGUCCUAGCAGGGGUUGUCAUGACAACAGGUACAGAUGUAAAGGAGGCACAGGUCAUUUGUGUCUCCACAGGAACCAAAUGCAUCAACGGUGAGUACAUGAGCGACCGCGGCUUGGCUCUCAACGACUGUCACGCUGAGAUAAUCGCCCGACGCUCGCUCAUCAGGUACCUCUACUCCCAGCUGGAGUUCUUCCUCAGCAACAACAAGGAAGACCAUCAGAGAUCGAUAUUCGUGCCGUGUGAAAAGGGAGGCUACAGGUUAAAGGACAACGUUCAGUUCCACCUCUACAUCAGCACCUCGCCCUGCGGAGACGCCCGGAUCUUCUCCCCUCACGAGGCCGGCGUUGAAGACCAGGGAGACAGACAUCCCAACCGGAAAGCACGGGGCCAGUUAAGGACCAAAAUUGAGUCGGGGGAGGGCACCAUCCCUGUAAGGUCCAGCAACACCAUCCAGACCUGGGACGGGGUGCUGCAGGGGGAGAGGUUACUCACCAUGUCUUGUAGUGACAAGAUCGCAAGGUGGAAUGUGGUGGGCAUUCAGGGCUCUUUGAUGAGCUACUUCUCAGAACCAAUCUACUUCUCCAGCAUCAUCCUCGGCAGUCUCUACCACGCUGACCACCUCUCAAGGGCCAUGUACCAGCGCAUCGCAGACAUCGAGGACCUGCCACAGCAGUUCACUCUCAACAGGCCUCUACUCAGCGGUAUAAGUAACGCAGAAGCCAGGCAGCCGGGGAAGGCCCCCAACUUCAGCGUGAACUGGACGGUGGGUGACCAGGCGCUGGAGGUAAUUAAUGCAACUACAGGCAAGGACGACAUGGGCCGCGCCUCUCGUCUCUGCAAGCAUGCCCUCUACAGCCGCUGGGUGCGCCUACACUCCAAGUUGUCGUCCAUCUUGUGGAUCAAGAUGCUGAAGCCCAACUCCUACCAUGAAGCCAAGCAGGCCGCCACAGAGUACCACUCUGCCAAGCAGGCGCUCAUCAAAGCCUUCCACAAGGCCGGCCUGGGGGCCUGGGUCAAAAAGCCCAUCGAGCAAGACCAGUUCUCCAACAGCUCCUGAGGGAGUCCAGGGACCAAGGGAACCCUAAACCCUCUCUCCACUCCUCCUCUCCUGACCCAGGCCUGAAAGCAAGAAGCCCCCCCCCCCCCCCUUUAUUAACAACCAGCCCACAGAGAGACUUACCUCCGUCCCGUGUGUCGACACGCACGUGCACUUUGUACUUGUGGAAAUAAGUGUGUCGUUUCACAAACCAUCCAUAGCUCAUCGUUGUCAUUCCUCAGAGGACGUCUGCCUCACGUUGUCUUUAACCAUCAUGUUGAUUUUUGUCCUUUUUAUUAUGAGUUCGACCCAUGAUGUUUUUUCAUCUGCUUGUUUUCUGUUUUAAAACUGGAACCAUGGUUUUUACAUGUCUGAGUUGUUUAUGUUUCCCAGAGCAAUUCUGUUUUUAUGCCGUAGAUGUAAAAAUUGAAAUGAUUGAGUUGUGUCUAUUUUUCUUGAUCGAUGAGGGUUAAAUGUAGCCUAGAAACACGGGAUCCUUGUUCACUAGAAUCAUUUGUAUGGACCUAAAUUAUAUAUAUAUAUAUAUAUAUAUAUAUAUAUAUAUAUAUAUA